AUGCCAUUGAAUAAAUUAAUUCGUGAUGGAGAUAAUCAAGAUUUGACAAAUGAACGAUUCAAAUCGUAAGUUCUAUAAACUUCUAGUUUCUCGAAUUAAUAUCCAACAUUUUAUUUAGAACUUUCGACACAGAUUUGAUGGCUUCAGAACUCCGAGGUGGACCAGAAAAACUGGCGCGCGUUCGUGAACUUCGAGAUGAAAUCACAAAACGAGGACAUCUUUUCGAAGUAAUUCCAUCAGCUCAUCGAACUCGAAUUGAAAGAAUUGAAGAUGUUAGUAAAUUAACCAAAAAUAUGAUGGAAAUUCUUCCCGAAAUUGCUGAUGUUACAAGUAACUUUGAAAUGAUCACAGUACUCCGUGAUGUUAUUGGAAUCGAAGGGUUUCCCUUAGCUAUUCAUAGUUUGAUGUUUGUUCCAACCAUUCAAAAUCAAGCGGAUGAAGAGCAAAUUGAAUUGUGGUUGAUGGAUGCGAUUCAGGGGAAGAUUAUUGGAACUUAUGCUCAAACUGAACUUGGACAUGGUGAGUUUUUUUUUGUGUCAUGGAAAAUUUAUCAGCUCUUGAAACUUUUGAAACACGAGAGAAAACUUUGCCCGAAUUUUUCAACUGAUAAGGUUGCGAAUUUGUUGAAUUUGUCUUGGAAUUAUGACGUAGAAAGAUGGGUGUUGCAAGAAAAAAAAGUUAUAAAUUGACACGUUUAUAGAUGUCCUGCUAAUUUUAGGCGUAGAUCAAAAUUACAGUAAUCCGGAGGACCUUUUUCGAUUCUGGGAAUCCACAGUAACCCAGGAUUCUUAUUCUGAGAUUCUGAAAAAUUUCGAAGAUCAAAAAUACAGGUACUUUUUCUGAAUCAUUUUUGGAUUCUAGAAAUUUACAGUAACCCAGGGGUUCCAAAAAUUGGUAGCUCAAAACUACAGUAACCCAAAGCUCAUCUUGAUCCUCACAUAACUCUUUGGUUUCUACAGUAUUUUGUCGAAAAUACAGUAUCUCAGAAGCUAGAAAAUCCACGUGUCAUUUUCAGGAGCCCAGAAAAUUAACGUGGGAUUUUCAAGAAGCUAUAAUAUCUACGUGAAGUUUUCAAAAUGCUAGAAAACCACGUGGUAUUUUCAGGAGGCAACAAAAUCCACGUGUUUAUUUUUUCCAGGAACAAAUUUGUCGGCCAUCGAAACCACGGCAACAUUCGAUCCAUCAACAGAUCAAUUCAUAAUCCACACACCAACAACAACCGCCAACAAAUGGUGGCCAGGCGGUCUUGGAAGUUGUUGUACUCAUGUGAUUCUUGUCGCCAAUUUGAUAAUCGAUAAUAAGAAUUAUGGACCUCACCCAUUUUUCAUGCCAAUUCGAAAUACUCAAACAUAUCUUCCGAUUCCUGGAGUUCGUGUUGGUGACAUCGGAACAAAAAUGGGGAUUAAUUGUGUGGAUAAUGGAUUCCUUGGUUUUGAUAACUAUCGAAUUCCACGUCGAAAUAUGUUAAUGAAGCAUAGUAAAGUAUCAAAAAAUGGUGUUUAUACAGCUCCAUCUCACCCAAAAGUUGGUUAUACAACCAUGCUUUAUAUGAGAUCUGAAAUGAUUUAUCAUCAAUCACAAUAUCUUGCGAUGGCUUUAAUUAUAGCAAUUCGAUAUUCAGCUGUUCGUCGACAAGGCGAAAUUCAAGCUGGACAACCUGAAGUUCAAAUCAUUGAUUAUCAAACUCAACAAUAUCGAUUGCUCCCGGGAUUAGCACGAUGUAUCGCAUUCAUAACUGCCGCUGAAACAGUUCGUAGCAUGACUGAAAAUUGUUUCAAAGGUCUAGCUCAUGGAAAUUCCGAACUUCUAGCUGACCUCCAUAAUUUAUCCUGUGGUUUGAAAGCGGUUGUGACAAAUCAAUCGAGUCAAUCAAUUGAUCAAGCAAGACAAGCUUGUGGUGGACACGGAUAUUCGGAUGCUAGUUAUAUGCCAACACUUUUCAGUUAGUUUUUUUUGUGAGGUGGAAAUAUGUAGAGAAAAUAAUGCGAUUUUUUUAGCCAGCGCAAUUGCUGCUUGCACUUAUGAAGGUGAAAAUAUUGUGAUGCUUUUGCAACUCGCAAAAUAUCUAAUGAAAGCUAUGGCAAAAAUUGAUGGAUCUUCGGAAGAACUUGGAGUUUUGAUGCAAUAUUUGAAAAAUGAGAAGAGCUCGAAAGGUUGGUUUGGAAGACUUUGGGUCUAAAAUUAGGCUAGUUUGGAAGUCCAAAACUAGGCUUUUUGAGGGCAAGACUAGGCUGAUUUUCCAAGAGAUUUCCGGUUCGAAGUUAGGCAGGUCUAGAAGAAAUUUGGCCUAAAAUUAGGCUGAUCAAAUGUAGAUUGAUUUUGAGCCGGUCAUCAUGAGUUUAUAGGCUUUUUUAUGCUUUUUGGGUCAAAAAGGCUGGUUUGGAAGCCCAAAACUAAGGUUUUUCAGUACAAAAAUAGGCUGUUCAAAAUAAAGCCGACUUCGGGUCCAAAACUAGGCUUUUUGGGCCCAAAACUAGGCUGGUUUCGAAGACUUCGGGUGCAAAAUUAGGCAUUUUGAAGCCUAAAUUAAUUUUCAAACCCAAAUCUGGCCAUAUUUCAGACAACGAACUCAUUUGCCACUUCGAACACAUUGCUCGACAAAGAGUUCAUCACGCUUAUCGUCAAAUGAAAUCCCUCGAAACUUCCGGAAUCAACAAAGAUGUUGCAUUCACCUCGUGCUCUGUUGAUAUGGCAAAAGCUGCGAGAGCCCACACCAAACUUUUCAUCGCAAAUGGUUUUGUUGAGAGAUGUCAGCAAGUAAAGGAGCCAGAAAUUCGCAAAGUUUUUGAUGAUCUUUUGGAAUUAUACUUGUGUUAUGAAUUAUCGGAAAUGGCUUUGGAUCUUAGUUUGGAUGGAUAUCUGAGCUCUGAAGGAGUUUAUGAUUUGAGACAUCGGAUUUAUGAAGCAAUGAGAAGACUUCGACCAAAUGCUGUUUCCAUUGUGGAUUCUUUUGAUAUUUGUGAUCGUGAAUUGAGAUCUGUAAGUUCUAUAGAAGCGGUUGAACAAAUUUUUGGUCUCCCUCAGUCUAGAUAAGCCUGAAAUUAAUUUCAGAACUUUUUGUGUGAAAUUUGGGUUGAACUUACCCCUAAAAAGCAUAUGAAAGCCUAAUGGGCCGAAAUUUGAAACAAGCCUAAAUAAGCCGCGAUUUGGCCUUGAAAUUUUGAGCCUAUAAUGUUUAGGCCCGCCUGACCAAUCCACAAAAAAAAAUAUUUCAGGUUCUCGGCCGCCGUGAUGGUCAUGUUUACGAAAACCUCAUCAAAUGGGCUCAAAUGAGCCCUCUCAAUCAAAAAGGUCUUCCACACGUUGAAAAAUAUUUGAAGCCAAUGACAAAUAGCAAAUUGUAA